GUAACUUACUACAGCUUCAAUCUCACAGCCUGGCUCAACCACUAGCUUAUCCAAAAGCACCAUGAGUCGAUGAUCCUUCGGCGAGUCAACUGUACAUCAUGGUCAACUUGAUCACCACCCCGGCCAUCCUCUCCGCAUACGAGGCCCUCCCCGCCUCCACGAGACAAGACCUCUCCCUCCCCUCCGCGCUCCACCUCACCGACCCCAUCUCCCACGAGCAAUUGAUCGGGAUAGCCCGCUUCUUUCGAAAUUGUUCUCCUCCUCCUCCUCCUCCUCAGAAUGACACCCUUCCUCAAGAACAGCGGAGUCUGAAUGCCCUCCUCCGCGGCACAAAACUCCACGUUCCGCCCCCGCCCCCGAAACCCGAGCCGACAAAAGAAUACCUCGCCUACAAACGCGCCCUCCUCGCCGCCGCCGAAGCCGACGCCUACACGCGCAUGACCACGCCCCAACCAUUCUUCUCCGCUUCUGCUGCUUCUUCUUCUAGUCCUGGAGCCACCACCCUCCCUCCCUCCGCCCCGAACCCAAUCUUCACGUCCAGCAGCCCCCAGCUCGCCGCACUGCACGACAGGCACAGCUCCUCGUCUUCUGGAUCUGGAGGACUCGGACGCCGCCCUCCUCACGACGACGACCAGGAGACCAUCACCCCGUCGCUCGUGCUGAAUAUUUUUCUCUCCGUGUUGAUCACCGGGUUUAGUGUGUUCUGGGCGCUGCAUAGUUGGCUCCCUGCCGGGACGGUCAGGGUGGGGGCGGGGGUGAAGGUGCUUUUGUCGCUGGGGGCGGCGCUGGGGGUUGCGGUUGUGGAGGCGGGGAUUUAUGCGAUUUAUUUGCAGAAGGUGCGGGUUGCUAGAGAGAAGGAGAGGAGGGUGAGGGAGGUGAAGGUUGUGGUUGGGAGGGAGGUGGUGGGUGGGAAGAAGGAUGGGGAGGGGGUGGUGGUUGGUGGUGGUGCUGGAGUGAAGGAGGAGAUCUGGGGGAAGGGGGAGAAACUGAUCACGGAGAAAGUACUAGAGCACGAAGCCCAAUUGACGCUAGAGAACACGUCCAACUACCCGAAAGACCGCUAG